GUUUGAACCCAAAGCUAGAACCUAAAGAAGGCCUUCGUUACUGUUUGAACCCAAGGCUAGAACCUAAAGAAGACCUUCGUUAUGAACCCAAUCCAAUAGAAUUUAAAAGAAGAAAAAAUCUUUACCG